AUGCCAGUAUUGCCUAUACAACACCAACACACUUCACCUACCCCGCCACCACCGCCUCCCGCUGCUGCCGCUCCGCCGUCAUCAUCGUUACAGCACCUCCAGUCACGACCAAAAAUCACCACUUCCAUAUGGGAAGACGAAGGUACACUCUGUUACCAAGUUGACACAGGAACCGUGUGUGUGGCUAGACGUCAAGAUAACGAUAUGGUCAAUGGUACCAAGUUAUUAAAUGUUACCGGAAUGUCUCGUGGCAAAAGAGACGGUAUUCUGAAGAAUGAAAAAGGUCGAGUCGUUGUUAAAGUGGGAGCGAUGCAUCUUAAAGGGGUUUGGGUUACCUAUUCUCGUGCAAAGGCAUUGGCUCUCCAGUACAAUAUCAUGGAUGCCUUACAUCCACUGCUGGUGGAUGAUCCGGGCAUUUACUUUUUCGCCUCUUCCCUCCCGUCGCUCCAUCCAUUGUCCAAUUACUACCUUUCCUCGACCCAUCCCAUCUUUCUCCAUCAAAGUUCGUCCAACGAUAUGGUUCAACAUGAUCAAUACAGUAAGUGA